AUGACGCAAUCAGCCAUAGAUGUUCCUCCAAAGGGUGGAUUCAGCUUCGAUCUGUGUAAGAGAAAUGACAUGCUUAUACAAAAGGGUCUUAAAGCUCCCUCUUUUUUGAAGACCGGAACAACCAUUGUCGGUUUGAUUUUCAAGGAUGGUGUGAUACUGGGGGCGGAUACCCGAGCAACUGAGGGGCCCAUUGUUGCUGAUAAGAACUGUGAGAAAAUUCACUACAUGGCACCAAACAUAUAUUGCUGUGGUGCUGGAACAGCUGCUGACACUGAAGCAGUCACUGAUAUGGUCAGCUCACAGCUGCGGUUGCAUCGUUAUCAGACUGGCCGAGACUCUCGGGUUAUCACUGCUUUGACUCUUCUCAAAAAACACCUUUUCAGCUAUCAAGGUCACGUCUCUGCUGCUCUUGUGCUUGGUGGAGUUGAUAUCACUGGGCCUCAUCUGCAUACUAUAUACCCACACGGUUCAACUGACAUACUACCAUUCGCUACAAUGGGUUCUGGUUCUCUUGCUGCUAUGUCUGUGUUUGAGGCGAAGUACAAAGAAGGUCUAACUAGGGAUGAAGGAAUUAAGCUGGUCGCUGAAGCCAUUUGCUCGGGUAUAUUCAAUGAUCUGGGUAGUGGUAGCAACGUGGACAUCUGCGUGAUCACAAAGGGGAACAAGGAAUAUCUCAGGAACUACAUGGAACCAAACCCAAGAACCUAUGUCAGUAGCAAAGGCUAUUCAUUCACCAAGAAAACCGAGGUUCUUCUCACCAAAAUAACCCCAUUGAUGGAGCGAGUUGAAAUCGUAGAAGAAUUGUCUAAUGGCGGAAGAGAUCACUUCUCGAUCAGUGACAAUGUUUCUCCUUCAGCUCCUGCUCCUCUUAAACAGCCUUUCGUCAUCGGUGUCGCCGGCGGAACAGCCUCCGGGAAGACGACGGUCUGCAAUAUGAUAAUGUCUCAGUUACACGAUCAACGCGUUGUCCUCGUGAACCAAGAUUCGUUUUAUCAUUCGCUCACUCCGGAAAAUUUGAAGAAAGUUCACGAAUAUAAUUUCGAUCAUCCUGAUGCAUUCAAUACUGAGGUCAUGCUUUCUUGUAUGGAGAAAUUACGAUCUGGGAAACCUGUGAACAUCCCGAGUUAUGAUUUCAAAAUCCACCAGAGCAUUGAAUCAGCAAGUCCGGUUAAUCCUGCUGAUGUAAUCGUCUUAGAAGGAAUACUGGUUCUUAAUGAUCCUCAAGUUCGCCAUCUCAUGAACAUGAAGAUCUUUGUCGAUACAGAUGCUGAUGUUCGGCUCUCGAGGAGAAUACAGCGUGAUACUGUCGAGAGAGGAAGAAACAUCCAAAAUGUGCUUGAGCAGUAUACAAAGUUUGUGAAGCCGAGCUUCGAUGAGUUUAUCCAGCCAUCGAUGAAGUAUGCUGAUAUAAUCAUUCCUCGAGGAGGAGACAAUAAUGUCGCGAUUGAUCUCAUUGUACAACAUAUCCGUACAAAGCUGUGCCAACACAAUCUCUGUAAGAUAUACUCGAACAUCUUCAUCAUAUCUUCAACAUUCCAGAUCAAAGGAAUGCACACUCUUAUCCGCGACAUCAACACAACAAAGCACGAUUUCGUCUUCUACGCUGACCGAUUGAUUCGACUGGUGGUGGAACAUGGACUUGGUCAUCUUCCUUUCACAGAGAAGCAGAUAACAACUCCAACAGGGUCAGUGUACACCGGAGUUGACUUUUGCAAGAGAUUGUGCAGCGUCUCAGUGAUCAGAAGUGGAGAAAGUAUGGAGAAUGCACUAAGGGCUUGCUGCAAAGGAAUUAAGAUUGGUAAAAUACUCAUUCACAGAGAGGGUAAUGAUGGUCGUCAGUUAAUAUAUGAGAAGUUACCGAAAGAUAUCUCAAGCCGUCAUGUCUUCCUCCUUGACCCUGUUCUAGCGUCAGGAAACUCUGCAAUGAAAGCUAUAUCUCUACUUCUUAGCAAAGGAGUUCCAGAAUCACAUAUCAUCUUUCUCAACCUUAUAGCAGCACCUCAAGGUAUUCACGCGCUCUGCAAGAAGUAUCCGAUGGUAAAGAUAGUGACUUCCGAAAUCGAUGCCUCCCUCAAUGAAGACUCACGUGUGAUUCCAGGCAUGGGAGAAUUUGCAGACCGUUACUUUGGUACAGACAAUUACAAACACACAAAAGUUGCAAAUCUCACGUUGAGCUAA